AUGAGCUACAGUAGUGUUAUAAUCGGCUUGGGCUCGGUCGCCCUUGCUUUGUUAUUUCCGCCUCUAGCAUGGCAUUCCAAAACCAGGAAUACUCCGGCGAUCAUUAUGAUCGUGUGGCUGAUAUUGAUGGACAUUAAAUUAAUAGUGGACGCCUCGAUCUGGGGCGGCUCGGACUUCGCCGGAAAAUGGGCCGGCUACGGCUGGUGCGAUCUGACUACAAAGCUGCAAAUUGGAGCGAACGUGGGCAUAUCUUGCACGGUGGCCAACAUUGCGUACAACUUACAUGCGAUCCUGCGCGCGGACGCAGUGCUGCCAGAGCCGGACUCUCGGCGAAAGAUCUGCACUGACCUCGGCAUUAGCCUCGUCACGCCUAUCCUGGUGAUGGGGCUGACAUACCUGGUGCAGGUGUUCAGGUACGGGAUUUUUCGGUACAACGGUUGCCAAAGCAUGCUUUCCCCAAGCUGGCUGACGGUGGUAACCUACACCUUGUGGAUGUUCAUUUGGUCGUUCGUGGGAUUCGUCUACGCAAUCCUGCUGCUGUACGUUUUCUACCGCAAACGGAAGGAUGUUAAGGAUAUUCUACACUGCACCAGCAGCGGACUCAAUAUCGCCAGGUUUUCUCGGCUGCUUCUCUUCUGCGUCCUGAUCAUUCUUGUGAUGUUCCCGUUCUCGCUAUAUGCGUUUGCUAGCGAACUGCAGAACCUCACAGGAGCCUAUAAUUACCAGAUGGUGCAUGACAGUUCUUUGUGGAGCACCAUUAUGCGCAUUGAUGUAGCGAAGCCGCUGUACAGCGUGUGGCUGUACAUUUUGAUGUCGUACUUGGUAUUUGUGAUCUUCGGCCUGGGGACAGACGCAGUAGGAAUGUACGGAAGCGCUGCCAGGGUGCUUGGGCUGGGCCCUUUGCUGGACAAGUGCAAGCAGUGCUGCAGACGCAGACGCAGCGAAAAUACAACCAAGGUUGUUUCCUACUUUUUUGCAGAGCAUGAUGCUUUCAAGGGUGCAGACGGCAUGGGAAGUGCGUCAGACGGCAGCAGCACUCUCAAGCCGGGGGUCGGGUACUCGGAUGGAAGCUCCAUCGAGAUGUCGGAUUCUGCGCCCUCUUCACCAUCUCAUUUCAUCAUUGACUAUCUGUUGCCCAACGAAAAAAGCCGUCGGGAAAAGCGCAGAAGAAAUGGCACCGGGGGUGACCUGGAGAGCCUGUCCUACCACGACCACCCUGCCAACCCUAUCAGUUUCGAGGAGGAGGUCCCCUUAAGCGUACAGCGUACCAAAAGCGGACUUGUGAGUCACGUAUCGUACCGUUCAGCAUCUGAAUUCGGCAACACAAGUGGAGAACUCGGCACGGGGAACAGCGAAGAAGGUGUGAGCCCCGAGAGUCCUCACCCGGUAUUUUCCAGCUCCGCAGGAUAG